AUGCCCCCACCCCUGUGUACAUCCAUGUGCCCUCACCCCCUGUACAUCCAUGUGCCUCCAUUCACCCCCUGUACAUCCAUGUGCUCCCUCACCCUGUGUAUCCACGUGCCUUCACCCUGUAGCAUCCAUGUGCUCCCACCUGUACAUCCAUGUGCUCCACCCCUGUACAUCCAUGUGCCCCUACCCCUCUACUUCCAUGUGCCCUCACCCCCUGUACAUCCAUGUGCUCACACCCCCUCUACUUCCAUGUGCCCUCACCCGUCUACAUCCAUGUGCUCCUUCCCUGUACAUCCAUGUGCCCUUACCCCCUGCUUCCAUGUGCCCUCACCCCUGUACAUCCUCCCACCCCUCUACUACUUCCAUGUGCCCUCACCCGCCUACAUCCAUGUGCUCCUUCCCCCUGUACUUCCAUGUGCCUCACCCUGUACAUCCAUGCCCUUACCCUCUACACCCAUGUGCUCCCACCCUGUACAUCCAUGCCAUCCACCCCUGUACAUCCAUGUGCCCUCACCCCCUGUACAUCCAUGUGUCCCACCCUCAUCCUGUACAUCCAUGCUCCUCACCCCUGUACAUCCAUGCCCUCACCCCUCUACAUCCAUGUGCCUCUCACCCCUGUACACCAUGUUCCCUUUGACCCCUCCAUCCAUGUGCUCUCACCCUGUACAUCCAUGUGCUCCCACCCCUGUACAUCCAUGUGCCCUCACCCUGUCAUCCAUGUGCCCUGCACCCCUGUACAUCCAUGUGCCUCACCCCUGUACAUCCAUGCUCCCCUUGACCCUCUACAUCCAUGUGCCCUCCCCUGUACAUCCAUGUGCUCUCACCCUCUACAUCCAUGUGCCCUCACCCCUGUACAUCCAUGUGCCCUCACUCCUCCAUCUACUUCCAUGUGCCCUCACCCCCUGUACACCCAUGCCUCUCACCUCUUUCUACUCCAUGUGCCCUCACUCCUCCAUGUGCCCUCACCCCUCUGCCUCCAUGUGCCCUCACCCCUCUGCAUCCAUGUGCCCUCACUCUCCCUCCAUGUGCCCUCACUUCUCCAUCCACCCUCCCUCUACCUCCAUGUGCUGUACCCCUCACCCCCUACUUCCAUGUGCCCCUCACCCAUCCACCUCCAUCAUCAUCCCCUGUGCCUCUCCAUGUGCCCCUACCUCCUCCAUGUGCCCUCACCCUCUACCUUCCAUGCCCAUUGCCCUUACCCCUCUCCCGCUUCCAUGUGCCCUCACCCCUCCACCUUCACUAAUGGAAUGUCUCACUCAUGGCGGCCCAGCACCACAAGAAUGUUGCAGCAGAAGAAAUUGCCAACCUUUCUCCCUGUUAACCUAUCAAUACAUUUCUCACCAGAUACCCAACUCAAGCAUCUUCCCUCACCAGUAG